GUCAUCGCGAUGUGGUCCUGUAUGUUUCUCCUGUUAGCCGCGUCGUCAGCGAGCGCCGCCAUAGAGUCUUUUCGCGUAGUUUACGAGUGGUACAAGGUAGACUUCACCUGGAACAACGACGAGCACAAGUUGGAAGCUUACACCAAGAAACGCUACGAGCCUAGGAACAACGUCAUAGAAAAUGUCCGAGUUUGGGAAGACGUCGCUUUUCUUAGUCUUCCGAGAUCGAAAAGUGGAGUUCCAGCAACUUUGGUGACUGUACCUUCUGCUCCGGAAGGACCUAGUGCGUCUCCUCGACUCCGACCCUUCCCCGACUGGAGCUUCCAGGAGGUCGGUCGUUGUGAUCAUCUCCAGAACGUCCGCGCCUUGGAAGUCGACCCUGAUGGUUUCCUAUGGGUCGCGGAUUCCGGAGUGGUCGGAGAAUUCCGAGAAUAUUCCGAACCCGACAACAAGUGUCCACCAAAAAUAGUGAUUUUCGAUAUAAAAACACGCACUCGCGUAUCCGAAUACGAAUUUUCACGAGAAUUACUCCCGUCGUCUUCAGUCCUGAGCGAUAUCGUUCUAGACCCACGGGGAAGUAAAACAGCUUACAUCAGUGUUGUCAGCGAGUCUGAAUCUUUCGUGGUCGUCUACCAAAACCAAACAAGAUCAGCUGUUAAAGUCAAACUCGUUGGAUUUCCGGAAGUGAAGAUGACAUCAGUGGUAGUUAACGGCACAGAGGUUCCGAUGAAGCUGAACAAACUUUCAUUGGCUUUAUCUUUGAAAAGGAACACUUUGUAUUUGAAUCCAUCUUGGCAGGAAACGUUGUUCUCGGCUGAUUUGAAAGAGUUGCAGAGUUCUACUUCCAGCACUAUUCGUAGAGUUGGUAAGCUUCCGGGUUUGUCGUACACCCUUUCUGUGGAUUCCCAAGACAGUCUUUACUUCUCGGUUCUCGAAGGUGACGCUGUCGGAAAAUGGAACACUUCCCAGAAGUUCGACUCUGGCUCCAUCGUCGCUCGAGAUCACUCCUUCCUGCAAUUCCCGUCGUCCUUCGCCCUGGACAAAUUCGACACCUUCUGGAUAGUGUCGAAUCGUCUGCAGACUUACUUCAACAAUGAUGUGAACCUGGAAGUUCCCAAUUUUCGUCUGCUAAGAGCUUACUCCGGAACAAAAUCGUAUUUGUACGCGUCUACAGAAAACUCCAGUGGCAAGCUUUCAGUGUCUAGUUUUAUGUUUGUGUUGUUGUUUCUGAUCGUUUUAAGGUAAGAUAGAUAACAUUUUUUAACAUUACUUUUUUACUAUUCUUAAAAUAUUUGUUACCACAAACAAUAGUUUUUAGUACAGUACAAAUUGGUACAAUUUAUCCAUUUUAUGUGGAUUUUAUUCAUUUUUGAUUUCUUUGCUUUGAAAGAUUCCCAUAGGCCUACUGUCGGUUUGAUUAGUUAUUGUUGGUUUUUAUAGUUACGUAGUUCAUUGUUUUGAUCCCAUACAUUUACCAAUUUGCUUGGCCUUUGUUUGGAUCCAUAGAAAGAGUUUUAAAAUGACCUUAUUAGUAAAGGUAAUUUAUUUUUACAAAACAUAAUUUUAGAAAUUAAUUAAAAAAGAAAAUAAAAUGGAUGAUAGCGUAGUAAAAAAUUAACAAAAUUAAAGAUGGCCAUUUAAAUAAUUAUUCUUGUUGUACAUUGGAUAAAAAAUUUGAUAGAUUCGAAAAAAAAUAUAACUAGAGUCUUAGCUUUUUAAAUAAUUACUAGAUAGUUUCACAAGAAUAAAUUAUGAAGGAUAAACUUUAUGUCCCAUAAUUUUAGAAUAUAAAUAAAUAAAUUAAUUAAUCAAUGUUAAUAUAGUUUAAUAAACAACCCCUAUUACUUAAAUUACUCUUUUUGUUGGAGUAACUAAUAUGACAACAUUGAAAUAACGUAGCUAAACCGUAUGUUGUUACUGUAACGAGAACAGUUCUUUUUGUUUGUGUAUGAAUUGUAAAUAUAUGUUAAGCUUUAUUACUGUUUUAUAUAAUUGUAUAUGUUUGUAAAAUAGAUAACGUAUUGUACAGUAAA